AUGUUUGCACUUUUGCAAAUCAGUAAACUCUUUUAUUUCACUGCAAAUUUCAGUGAAGCAGCGGAAGAGCAGUAUAAGCUGCAAGUAGGCACAGGUCCUGAUCAUGCGCUUGGUGCCAGUGAUCGCUAUUUCGAUCCUUCGAAAUCAGAAACAUUAAAAGCAAUCAUUGCCAAUAAUGAAGAUAAUUUCGGUCAACAUUUCAAGGAACAAAUUAUGGAAGCAGAAAUACCACAUGUUCCACCACCAGAGGAACCUUCUUGGGUUCGGUCAGCGAAAAUUCGUAGUGAACGAGCUCGGUCAGCAACACCGACCGCAACUUAUGUUAGGAAUAUGGUAGUAAAGCAGCCUCAUUAUACGCCUCAGUAUUCUACAUUACCCCGCGCUGAAAAAUUUCGUCAACAAAGGUUCCAUACUAAUUAUUUAAAACAAUCUUUAGUAAUCUUUGAAAGUUAUGCAUAUCUUAAGAAAACAUUGAAAAUAAUCCUAACAUUUAAGGUUUUCGGUACCAAAUUUGAUUUCAGCUCUCAUCCAGCACCAAGACAAGGCUAUGAAUUUGGUGGAUUAGACUAUGUAGACAAAUCUCGAAUACCACAAUCAACGCAUACCAAUUAUGAAUAUAAUCACAUGCGUAAACAACAUAAAGAACACAAAGUAACACCUGGCUAUGAAAUGGGUGGUACUGAUUUCCGGAAAGGAGCAGUAGGAUUAGAUGGCCCAUACCAUGGACAUGGACCUGAACAUCCUCGGUUGCAGCCUAAAUUUGAACAUUCUGUGCUUAAACACGAUGAAAUGAACAUUGAAGUAGCACCGAACGUUGACCGUGUAACCACUAAUGUACUUGUGGGAGAUACGCGUUCUAAUCAGCACCUUAAUAAGGAUCAACAUUUUGAUCAUUCAUUUGGUACUUCAUUUGGACCUCCCGCUGGUUUCACUCAUCAGCAUCGUACUCUCCGUCGUCAAGAAGAAGGAUUGAAACCAACAACAUUCAGUCUGUCAGCGAAAAAAGACCAUGCUGCAUACAAAAGCAGCAAUGUAAGUACGAAACGUGGGGUGCCCUCCAAGAUUCCUCUACCCUAUCAUACAUCAAUGCAAGCGUCAAAUGAAUCAACGGGUCAUCAUGUAGUGCAACCUGAUGCAGUAGCAGCUACAGCGUCUCAUACGUCUGUCGGUACAACCGAUAUAAAUGUGAGUCUUAGUACUGAGUCUCAUAUUCGUGAUGGUGAGGGCCAGAUAUAUGAGACAUUAGAGCAACCAUGGAACCGAUCACAAAGUGCUGCGCCCUUGCAACGAUACGAAUGGAACAGUGGUAAGGAAAUUACAAUUGAAACACUUCUGAAUGACAAGGCGCUUAUUGCUCGUAAAAGAUCUACGACUCCCGAAUGGCAUUCGAGUUCUCUCGAAAAGCACAAGCAAUGGAAGAACAGGUCGGAUCCUCGCUUCACGCGCUCUCAGAUUUUUGAUACUGAACCAACGUGGUCACGCAUCGUUACUGAUCGACGCAAUACUUGGGAAGAGAAGGCGAGAAAAACCGAUGCUCGCAUACAAAUGCCACCUUCAUCAAAAAUACCACCAGAACAGGCUCCAUUUUGGUACCAUAAAGCAAAUGAAACUCAUACAUUAUGGCAAAGUGUAGCUGAUCGACAAAGUCAUGACAACGCAAAGACGAACCGUAUCAGUAACAAUUAUAGGGAACAAGACAGAGAACAGCAUGAUCAUCAUGACUAUAUGAGACAAAGAAAAUAUGCCCAAAACACACAAGAUGUCAAACAUGACAGUAAUUACGAUGGUUUCAUCUCACAAACUCAAUAUAUGACUCAUCCACAUGUUAAUAGCGGUGCUGAUGCUGAUCCCACCUUUCAUUCCGUUGGUCAUGAACAAACUUCAGAACAUGAAACACCAAGUGCUGAGAGCAGUAAAAUAAAUUACUCAUCUAUACCUGUUGGAUUGUCGCACAUAAUACCUUCAGGCCCUCAUCAGCAAAUAUCCAGCGAGAGGUCUCAAAGCAGCAGUUUGCAAUAUCAAAAUAUAAAGUCUGAACAUUCUACGGGUCAAAUGGUAAAUAAGAGAGCGACUCUUGAUAGCAACGUCGCACCAUCCAAGCUAGCUGAUUCUUUUACUGUGUACCAGCGAAAAACGCAUCACGAAACUUAUGCACCAUACAAUACUUCAGUUGUAUCUGUGACACAAGGUGGUGGUGAUUUCAAUCGUCAGAGUGAGAUGGCGGAGAUGCUACCUAAAGGAACAAUAGCAAGUACGGAAGCAAGCACACAAGGUAACUACAUUGAUAAGAAUGGUCAACCAGUCACCUACAAACGUGAAUUGUUAACAAGCCUGAAUCCAAAUAGCGAAAGUACACUACUUAAGGAAGAAGAAAGACGUGUUGUUGAGACACCUCUAGAACCAGGUGUCAUUUCAAGACAUAUAACAACAAAGUACUACAAAAAGAAAACUGUAACUGAUACAACAACCAGUACCACUACUUCAUGA